UCUCUCACACAGGCUGCCCGACCACCGAAACACACACAUCUAUCCAUCUCACUGUCUGCUCUGCGAACCAGAUAUGCCGCCACUGUUAGCCUUCCUCGGCUGAGGUGGCGACAGACUGGCCCUGUCUAAACGUCAUCAGUGCGGGGUAACCUGUUACUGGUGACAAGGUCAACGAUUGCAAAUGCUCAAGUUCCGCGCGCAGAAUCCCCGGGUCAGAUAGGAAGGAAGAAAACCGGCGCAGUGAUGGGACAGUUUUCGGGAGGAUGCUACCUGAGUUUGGGCAUCGUUGUGUUUCUCUGUUUGCAGUUCCCGACUACCUUGGCCCGAGGUUCCAGGAGUGAUGCUCUGCAGCAUGGUACGUCAGGGACCCUCCCCCACUUCCUGCAGGAGCCCGAUGAUGCCUAUAUCGUCAAGAGCAACCCCAUCAAGCUCAAGUGCCGGGCCAGGCCAGCCCUGCAGAUCUUCUUCAAGUGCAAUGGGGAGUGGGUCCACCAGAGCCAGCACCAGUCUCAGGAACACACUGACGAGGGCACAGGGUUGAAGAUCCGGGAGGUGAUGAUCAACGUGUCUCGUCAGCAGGUGGAGGAUUUCCACGGCCCCGAGGACUACUGGUGUCUGUGUGUGGCCUGGAGCCACCUGGGCACCUCCAAGAGCCGCAAGGCCACCGUACGCAUCGCCUACCUGAGGAAGAACUUUGAGCAGGACCCCCAGGGGAGGGAGGUGCCCAUUAAAGGCAUGAUUGUGCUGCACUGCCGUCCACCAGAGGGAGUGCCUGUCGCUGAGGUGGAGUGGUUGAAGAAUGAAGAGCCAGUGGGCUCGGACGGGAACAUCGACACGCGAGCGGACCACAACCUGAUCAUCCAAGAGGCGCGUCUGUCCGACUCUGGGAACUACACAUGUCUGGCUAGCAACAUUGUGGCAAAGAGACGCAGCCUCACUGCCACUGUGGUCAUCUUUGUGAACGGAGGGUGGUCGUUGUGGACAGACUGGUCGGCUUGUAACGUGCCCUGUGGGCGGGGGGUCCAGAAACGCUCCCGCACUUGCACCAACCCUGCCCCUCUCAAUGGGGGCGCCUUCUGCGAGGGCAUGUCUGUCCAGAAGAGUACCUGUAAUGCCCUCUGCCCAGUGGAUGGUGGAUGGGCAGAGUGGACAGAGUGGACGGUGUGCAGUGGUGAGUGUGAGAGGCAGCGCAACAGAGAGUGUACGGCCCCAGAGCCCAAACGCGGAGGCAGGCUAUGUGACGGGGCCGCUCUGGGAACAUACAACUGCACCGGGGGUCUCUGCACUCACAAUCUGCUACACGAUGCCAAGCCACAGGGUCUGGAGGGAAGCAGUGACGUGGCACUGUAUUCGGGCCUGGCGGCGGGGGUGGUGACAGUGGUGGUGUUGAUUGUGGCGGUGACCCUCUACCGGAGGAACCAGAGUGAGUACGGCGUGGACGUCAUCGACUCCUCCGCCCUCACCGGGGGGUUUCAGUCCUUCAGCUUCAAGACUGCUCGCCAAGGCAACCCCCUGUUGAUAAGCUCGUCCUUGCAACCGGACCUGACAGUGUCACGGACGUACACCAGCCCCAUCUGCUUCCAGGACUCCAUGGAUAAAGAACUCAUUUCCCAGGAGCCUUCACUCUUCGACCCCCUGCCCGACCUCAAGGUCAAAGUUCACUCCUCCUUCAUGGUGUCCCUGGGCGUGUCAGAGAGGGGGGCCGAGUACCACACCCAGAAAGCCCACCCCCAGACCUUCCCCCGGGGGCUGGCACCCGACUACAGUGGGGUACGGGUGGAGGGGACCCUGAGAGAGAGGAGGGAGAAGAGCCUCCUUGCCCCCCACGCACCGCCUAUGCCCUCCAGACCCCCUCUCAGGACGUCCGGGGUGUUGGGACACGCGGGUGGGAGGCUGGUGGUCCCCAAUACAGGUGUGAGUCUGUUGGUGCCCCAUGGGGGGAUAGCUGAGGACACUACCUGGGAGAUGUACAUGGUCAUCAACCAGGAGGACAGCAGCAGUACCCUAUCAGAGGAGAGCCAAGAGGUCCUGCUGAGCCCAGAGGUCACCUAUGGUCCACCGGGCCUCGACCUCUCCUGCCCCGUCGCCAUGACAAUAGCCCACUGCGCUGAGUUCGCCACCGACAACUGGAACAUCCGUCUCAAAAGGCAGACACAGGAUGACAAGUGGGAGGAAGUGAUGUCAGUGGAGGAGGAGAGCACUUCCUGCUACUGUUUGCUGGAGGCUCAGUGCUGCCACCUGCUCCUGGAAAGUCCAGGGCGCUAUGCCCUGGUGGGGGAGCCACUGAGCCAGGAGGCUGUGAAGAGACUGAGGUUGGCCGUGUUCGGUAGUGCAGACAACACCAACCCUCUGGGAUACAGCCUGAGGGUGUAUUGUGUCGACAACACCCCCUACGCAUUCCAGGAAGUGGCAUCAGUGGAGCGGGUGAGGGGCGGUCGUCUCCUGGAGGAGCCCAAGACGCUGCUGUUCAGGGGGAACUCCUUCAGCCUGCAGCUCUCCAUCCAGGACAUCCCCCAGUUCCUCUGGAGCAUCAAGCCUUUCACCACCUGCCAGGAGUUCUCGUUCUCUCAGGUGUGGGCUAGUAACCAGCGGCCCCUGCAGUGUGCCUUCUCAUUGGAGCGCUACAGCCCCGCCUCCUCCCAGCUGUCCUGUAAGAUCAGUGUGCGUCAGGUCAAAGGUCAGGAGCAGAUCCUCCAGGUCUACACCUCUGUGGUCGAGAGUGAAAAGGAGGUAGUCCCCUUCUUCACUCAGUCGAACUGUACCACCACGUCGCUGACGGGGUCCAGGGCCUUCAAGAUCCCCCUGUCCAUCCGCCAGAGGAUUUGUGCCACCUUCGACACAGCCAACGCCAAGGGAAAGGACUGGCAGCUGCUUGCACAGAAACUCCACAUAGACAGGAACCUGUGUUACUUUGCACGUCAGGAGAGCCCAUCAGCGGUGAUCCUCAGCCUGUGGGAGGCCCAGCACCAGGACACAGGAGACCUGGACUCUCUGGCCAGCGCCCUGGAGGAGAUCGGCAAGGUCCACUCCUCCACCCACUCCACCUCCAGUAGGGCCACCACGCUGACCACCACAGGGACCACCACAAGGACCACCACUACCCUGGGCCACAGCACUGAGGAGCUGGACACUGAGUUCACCUAACAAGGGGAGGAACGGACGAACUGGAGCCCCAGUAGAGGACCACAAGGCUGGGGAUGAAUGGAUGGACCCUAACAAGGAGGAGUACAUACAGAGAACUCCAGUGGACUAAUCCAGCCAGUGGAGGAUUGUGCCCGAGCUCAGAGAGGACUAAGGCCUGAAGGGGAAAUAACUAACUACUGUAACUAAAGUCAGGCCACCAGGCUAAAUGGAGGGGGAAUAGGGACAAGAUGACAGGGGUAAAAGGGGUGCUACAGAAGAAGGGUACAAGGGAGAGAGGAAAAGGGCUGAGGGGGCCCAGGGACAAGGGUUUGAGAGGUGAGGAACACAGGCCAAUGGCGAGGGGUGGAAAAGGAGACGGUGGUAAGGGAGAGGGGGACAAGAAAGCAGUGUUCAAGAGAUAGGGGUUCUAGAGGUCCUGGUCAAGAGGGAAGCUAUUGUUGUUUAGGUAGACACAGAGGAACUAACUAACCAAGGGACUAAACCACAAACUAGUCAAAAAGUAAACCUCAACUGAACCACAAACCAACAAGAAACACUCUUCCUAACCUGGACUAUUAGGCCCUGUCCCUCUAGCCAUUCCCCUGGGAAGCCAGAAUGCUUCGUGUUACGUGAAGUUGUUGUCGUUUAUUUUAUAUUUAUAAUAUAUUUUCUUUCUUUUCUUGAGUUUUUCCCUGCACAGUGAUGGUGUGUUCAGUGUAUAGGCCUACUGUGGUACCAGAGAGAAACAAGGAACUCUUUCGAAGUAUUCAGAUGUUGACAGUAUUUAUGAAAAACAGUCAGAAAUGACAUCUGUCAUAUGAUGUCACAAACAUUUGGUUUACCCACACCUAGGCUCUGUUCCAAUACCCACACGAGCAUGCAUUCUACUAAGAAUGAAGAAUUGUAUUGGGGAAUGCAUUCAGUGUGGUAUGCUGGUGUGGAUAUUGGAACGUAGCCAAUAUGUCAUUUUACUGAAAGUCACUGUAAAACUUCUGGUGACACACUAGAGAAGUGAGAGUAAUUAGGAAAUGCAUAUCUGCAGAUGAAUGAAAGAGAAUGUGUUAGGGAUGCACUAAACUUUUCCCUCGCUGUCACAUGGGUAAGAUCAACACACAAGCAGAAUGGCAAUUUGGCAUGUUUUUUUACCUACAUGUAUUGGUCGGGAAAAUUAAUUAAAGUGAUUAGAGUAUUUAUAUGUGCUGUUAACCCUUAAAGGGAUAGUUCGGGAUGUUGGCAAUGAAGCCGUUAAUCUACUUCCCCAGAUUUAGAUGAACUCGUGGAAUCAUUUUUACAUAUCUACGUCCAGUAUGAAGGGAGGUAGUUUUGCAUGUUAGCACAAUGACUAGAAGUCUACAGGAACCGAUAGCAUGCUAGCUGUUCCCAUAAACUUCUAGCCAUUGCGCUAACGCUUGUUAGCAAUUGCACUAAUGCUAGUUAGCAACUUUCUUCAAACUGAACGCAGAUACAUAAAAAUGUAUCCACAAGUUCAUUUGACUCUGGGGAAGUAGAUAAAGGGCAUUGCCAAAAUCUGACCUAUCACUUUAACCUCUUCCUCCAGUGGUGCUGCAGGCCACAUCAGAUAAACUAACUAACUAACCCUUAGCCUACUAACAGAAAAUACAAACCCAAUAUUUUACAUCCUCAAAAAUUCCCCCCUCACACACACACACACACACACACACAAAAUAAUACAACAAUUAACCUGAGGAACAGUGUGCAAAACUGCCAUACUGUUGUUUCAUGGAAUUGACAGUGUUUUUACAUGCCACUACCAAAUUAUAGUAAGCUCUCCAGUCUCCACUACCUAAAGUGUGGGUCACACCAGGCAUGUGACAGAGGUGACCCGCACUUUGUUAUAGCAUUUAAACCCAUCAAACA